AUGGCUCUCCCAGACAUUGAGAUCAACCCAGGACUCAAUUCUGGAACACCUGUUCUGGGAAUAACUUCUGACGUCAUGCUUCCCAAGCAAAACUUUAAAAAACUCUACCAGGUAGAAUUUCCAACCAGGGAAGACUGGAAAACCAACAGUCUUACCUGGAAGGACGGUAAAAUGAUGAAGAAAGCUAUGCUUUUUAACGACUUUUUGUUACACAAUGGAUUAAUUGAUGAUGUCUACAAAUCUAUGUCGAAUCCUGAUUUGUCUGUGAUUGUAAUGAAGAUGUUUGAUAUCCUUCACUUAAUUAAUAGUUUACCUGUUGUAAUUACCAAAGAAAAUAAAUCGGAAAGUAAAUCAACAGAGUUUCGCAAUGAAGGCAACCGUGCAUACGCACGUAAUAAAUUGCAGUCUGCCUUGAUUUGCUACAACAAGGCUCUGUUAUAUGCCCCUAAAGACUCCCGAGCUCUAAAACUAGCGUACAGUAACAGAUCUGCCUUACUCCACAAAGUCAACGCAUUAAGUGCCUGUCUGAACGAUAUAAACACGUGUUUCUCACUGGGCUGUCCACUUGACAUCAUAGAAAAAUUGAGAACCAGAAAAGAAGAUGCGAACAGCAAGGUAUGGGCAGAGACAUUAGCUGAGUGUUCUGCUAGAAGUAUAUUUUGUGAAGAUUAUUUCAAAUUGAUCGAGCCACGUAAUCCUCAGAUACCAUGUGCCAGUAUGGACGUUGGAGUUAUAAUAGAAAAUGAUGUGCCAAAAAUUGUUGCUACCACUGACAUUAAAGUCGGAACACCUAUUGCUCUGGAGAAAGCUUUUAUUGUGGGCAUUGGCUAGACCGUUCAGGAAGGAAGCGCUCGGUACAAACAAUCAUGCUUACGCUGAAUGGAACAGCUUGUAACUGCAACUUCUGCGUUCGAGAUAGUUUGAAUAUCACAACUGUUGAUGAACUGACAGACGUCCAGAAAAAACACUA